AUGCAUGUGGAAAAGGCCUCUCAGAUUCAAAAACUAAAAAACACUUGCCCAUGGGUGAUUUAUUAUGCAAUUGCAACUGUAAAUUUUGCUGCAUCUGUGUAUUCUGAUUGCUGCAGCUGCACUCCAUUCGGCAUACUCUCAAAUCCUUUAGUGAUUUUUACUAUUAUUACAAUGUUUGUGUUCUUUUCUGUGUACAUUCAAUCCCCUCCCUCUGUGAUAGCACACACAAGGCCAGUGAGCAACAUAAUUCUAGUCAGAUUUCUUAUGCUUAUAGUUCUUUGUAAUGCAAUUGUGCUAGGAUCUAUCAUAUACAUGUGUCUAGCUGGGAAGUACUACACCAUGCUGUUUUUUUCGUGCUUGUUGAUUCAAAUUGGCAUAUACUCUGAGUACAUUCUAAAGAUAGUUUCAGCCCGGGUGUCAAGGCUUCCAGUGGAGAACUACAUUCUGUCCAUAUCAAUAGAGAUGGAAAUGGAUGAGCGAGACAUGACAUUCUAUGACUUUCAUCUUCUCUUCUACGCUGCAAACUUUCUUUUCAUCUUUUUCACCUCUGUGAUUGUGUUCUUCUGCGUGCACCCAGUUAGCAUGACAUACACAUCCUUUUUCAUUAAGAAUCUGUACUGUUUGGUUACUUACUACUGCGGGCUGUACACAUUUAUGUCUGCCUGCGUGGUCACCUUCUAUUUGAAGAUUAAUUCAGGCUCACAAAGCUUCUAUCGCUUGAUAACAAAGCUAGUUGUGAAAAAUAUCGGUGUCAUAGUGUUUAUGGCAGUUAUAAAUCCGGUAUCUGCAGUGUGCGAGUUUUUCGUAAAAAUACUUUCCAUAAGCACCAUGCUAGAGAGCCUUUUAAGUGAUAUAGGAAAUAGAUUCUUCAAGAACAUAAUAUUUUAUAGAAAGAUAGGAAUAUCCUCCAUAGUAGCAAUGUCCACUCUUCUGGAGAAGGAACCGCAUGAGGUUGUUGCGUUUAUUAAAGAAAUAGAAGGGAACAGUGACUAUCCGUAUAUAAGCUCAUUUAGCACUACACACAGUGGGCAAACAACAGAAAAACUAUCCACAUCUAUUAUUUUUUUUGUUCUGCUGCCGCUUUUAAUAGCUACUGCCUUUACCACACAAUAUGCAGAUGGCUUUGAAGGAUAUAUUAAGAUGCUUAUAUCACUAGGAUGGGUUACGUAUGCCACUGCAUGUGUCUGGUACAUAUAUUCUGAGUCUCUGUACUAUGCAGCUUUGCUUUCAAAUAUUCAAGGGAGCCCACAAGGAAAGAAGUGGAUAAAUGCAUAUCUGAAUACGCUAUAA